AUGCGAGGCGCUGCAAACAAUGGACAGUCGGCUCCCAUCGGUACACGAAGCUCACUGGCGGAGUUCGAGGCCUGGAUGAGGAAAGCCGGCAUCAUAUGGGACACAUCGCUUAUUCAGUUACGGGCCGGCAGCGCCAAAGCUUGCGACCCUGACUCCAACUGCACCUCAAACGACACAUUGGGCCCCGCAUCACAGCCUUCCGACGGGCCCUGGGCCGUCUAUGCAGCGUCGGACGUGCCGGAGGGUUGCGUGCUGGCCACCAUUCCCCGGUACGCCGUACUCUCCGCCGCCAACAGCGGCCUGGCAGACUUGUUGGUUUCGGAACGGCUUGGUGGCGGCCUCGCGUUGGUGGCGGCAGUCAUGUAUGAGGCGGCCCGGGGACCCAGGUCCAAGUGGUACGGCUACCUGUCCAGUCUGCCCCCCCGGGAGUACCUUCCGGUGUUCUGGGGCGGCGGGGAGCUGCGGGAGCUGGUGGGAACUGAUAUUGCGGAUAAGGCCCUGGCGGAUAGAGAGGCCAUGGCGGCGGACUUUGAGUCGGAGCUGGCGCCGCUGCUGGGGCGUUACCCGGCCCGACUGGGGCCGCUCAAGGAAGGCUGGAACCUGGAGGCCUUCAUGCGCGCAGCUUCCUGGGUGGCCUCGCGGGCCUUUUACGUGGACGAGCACCACGGCGAUGCGCUCGUCCCAUUGGCCGACGUGUUUAACCACAAGGCGGCUCGUGUGGACUUGGGGGCCCGUGGUGGUGGGGGCUGGGCGGACGGCUUCGAGGUCGCAGAACAUGCAGACGCGCGGCGGCGGCAGCCAGGCGGAAACGGACGACGCAGCGGCGGCGGCAGCACAGCCGCCGGCGGCGACAAAGGUUCCGGCCAGCAGCGCCGCCACGGUCAUCUGCAGCCCCAGAAGGAGGUGCGAGGCGCAGGAGGUACGAAGGAAAAGGAGGCGGAGCCAGACACCGGGGAGGAAGAGGAGGAUGAAGAGGAGGAGGAAGCGGAAGAAGAGGAGGAGGACGAGGAGGAGGAGGAGGAUGAAGAGCAAGAAGAAGAGGAGGAGGACUGUGGAGCCCUGGAUAAGGCCUCUGUCUCUGCCGCUGCUUCCAUUGCAACGGCGAAGGUGAACUUGGAUCGAGACCCGGGAGACGAUGGCGAUGAUCCCUGGCCGACACCGCCCCCACCGCCACGGCAGCCACUGGCGGCGGCGGCAGUAGCAGCAUCAGCAGCAGCCGAUGCUGAUGGCACAGCAGGCCGCACCGCGGGCUGCCAGGAGGCAGGUGACGGCGUCAGGGAGGGCGGCGUCAGCGGUGUUGGCGGUGUUGGCGGCCGUUGGGCCCACCUGGCGGCGUCUGUGGCCAGUCGUGGUGGCCUCAACUUGCAUCUGGACAUUGGAAUAUGUGCGGGGGAAAGGGGAGGUGUAGAGGUGUUGGACAUCGUUGCGGCGCAGCCCCUGGCGGCGGGUACCGAGGUAUUCAACACGUACGGGGAACACGGCAACGGCGAGCUCGUCAACAAGUACGGCUUUGCACUGCAGUACAAUCCAUUUGAUGAGGUAGUUAGGUUGUUGCUGUCCAAAGGCUCCGUGAUGGCGGCUGUAGAGGCGGAGGUGGGACGCAAGGCGGCGCGCAAGCGGGCGAGCUUCCUGGCGGAACACAGCGAGCUUUUGGACGAGGAUGAGGAACCGUUUCUCCUGCUGCCGCCCCGCCACGUCAACACGUCUCUGUACGUGGCGCUAAGGGUGCUGACGGCGGGCGAGCGACAGAUGGCGAGCUGGGCGUCGCUGGAGGGGCUUUUACACAACUGCCUCAAGCAUCCGGCAUCGCGACCAUCAUGCCCAAUACCGCAGGAUGCCGUGGAGCCGUUGCGCACAAUGUGGCGGCAGGCACGGCAGCAUCACCAUCACCAGAACCGAGCUGCAGUAGCAGCAGCAGCAGCUCCUGCGGCGGAGGUUGUGGAAAGGAAUGGCGGCUCCAACACCGGGAAGAGGAAACGGCGGCGUGCUGGCGCCGAUAGGGACGGUGAAGAGAAUGACGACGGUAAUGGCGAGGAGGAGGACGGGGCGGUCUUGGAAGGGUCUGUUAGACGGCCGAAGAAGCAACAGAAAACAAGAAAAGGAGUCGGUGUUGCAGAGGCUGGGACGGGUUCCUUGAAGCAGGAGACGGUUCAGGUUACGGAUCCGGACACCGGUUGCAGCAGCGAUGACGACAGCGAGGAUCGUGACGAAGACGAGGAUGCCUCUGACGAGGAGGCUCCGUCGUCGUCUUCGUCCGGGGAGGAUGAACAGGAGGACGAUCUUCCCGAGGACGUUGAGAUUCAAGCCCCUGCGAACGGAGAUUCCGCAGGAUCCAAACCUGAAUCCAGAUCGGAGCCAACAGGCGUCGAUGGUAAGGCGGAGGGCACUCGCCGGAAGGGUGCUACGACAAAUAUCAAGCAGCAGCAGCUGCAGCGGAAAGCGGCCCCCGGGGAGGACGAGCGAGAGCUCCGAAACCUGGAAAUGGGGCAGAAGGAUCAACAGCAUCAGGAGGGCAGACCCGCGCUCAGGACCGGAGCUUCUGAGAAGCGGGUCGACGUUAAGGACGCUGCAGCUGGCCAGGACAAGAUCAAGGGCAGAGGAGUAGGCUGCGCAGCUGAGGGCGCGGUGGGUGGGAAGCCCAGCAAUGGCUCGGCGACGGCGGAAGCAGUUGGCGCCCGGCGCAGCGCAUUGUUAUUGCGGGCAGGGGAGAAACGGCUGUUGGCAGACAUCUUGAAACAACUGGGAUGAAAUAUGUGGAUAGCUAAGUUCGCGGCUUUGCGUCUGUAUUUGGAUGGAUGCCCCUGUUGGGAAGAUUCGCAAGGUUGACUGCCGCAAUGCGGGGCAAGUAGGACGCAAGUUUAAAAUGUGUUGCUUGCUUCUUUGGACAGAAGGCUCUUAUGCCUAAUUAAUAUGCGGAUCUUUGG